AUCAAGGAUGUUUCAUAGCUGUUGGUUUUGGCUCUCCUUUCUGAUUUUUUCAACUCAUGGACAAACCGACCCUUGUCCUGACUUGAGUCACCACAAAUUGAACGAUACAUGGCGUUCUACUGCCGUCAUCGCCGGGAGUGUUUACCAAAAUGAUGUUCUGUUGACUGAAGGCUGGUAUCGCUCAGUGUCGGGUGCUGGCGGUACCAUCCCUCUAACGGCCCCUAAUUCGGGAACAUGUGGAACGAAAAAUCCAGUGUGGAUGAAUGACACAUUACCAAAUACCGGAGAGACUAAAAAUGCAUCGAUGUGUGCUGUCGUUUUUUUCUCAAAAUGCUUUCCUACAUGGUCGACAGUUCAAGUGAAAAACUGUGGUUCCUUUUAUGUCUACUAUCUGACGACACCUCCAGGAGACUAUGGCUAUUGUUUUGGAACUGAAACAAAGUGUCCAGUUGGUGAGAUAUCGGAAACAGGAUUUACGCCCGGAUGUAUAAAUGUUGAUGAUGUGGUCUUUAGCGUUUCGAUAACCACUGGGCUGGAGGAAAGAAGAGGACCAAUAAAAGGCAUACCUAACUCUGAUGUCAUCAACCUCGAAAUAAAAUUUGAACACAAUAUAAAAUUCACUGACGACAAUGUGAACCCAGAGCUGUUUUUAUACGACGUUAAUUGGUACAUCAAUAUAAACCUAUUGACAAACUGUUCACACUCAUUGAUUCCAUACGCCAACCUAUCCACGACUCAUCUGAGUGAGACAUGCUGGAGGGAUACCUAUAGAAUGAAUUUUCUGGUUAAAUGUGAAGUUCGCCUUCGUGGAUUUAACGGGAGGAUACUUAGUGUAUUCAGGACUAGCGAUUUUUUUGAAGCUGGCUUUAAGACCGAUCAGACCAGCUAUACUGUAGCGGAGAGUUCCUCCAUCGACAUCAAAAUAACGCUAACUGUCCCGUUAGGAUGUGUUUAUAACGUCUCUUUGACAAUUGAAAAGAGGUAUGGUUUUGCUGAGACACACUGCAGGACAGUGAUUGCCGUACAGACACCAGGCACUGACGACUGCUCCACAGGAGGAGUAAGUAACGAAGCAGUAACAUUUGGAGAUACCAACUGUGGUGUGAGUAUAUCUCAUAACGACUGGAACACGACCAAGUCUCUAACAGUGUAUGGUGCGUCAGAUAACACAGUGACUACGGAAAGUCGAUCAUCAUACAUACGUUUGAAGUUUCCCGGCGUUAUCCCGCAUCACUUGGCAUGGAAUAAUGUUUUGAAACAAGACAUACUGAUCGUCGUGGAUGAUGCAGAUAUGAACGUUUUAAAUAACCUAUGUUACAGCAGCAACGACCCACACAUGCGUACUUUCGACGGAAAACUUUGGGAAAAUCAGCGACUUAAAGAGUUCCUGUUAUAUUACAACGAACCGAGACUUUAUUGGGUGCAUGCAAUGUAUCAGUCAUGUUCGCGUUGGAGUAGCGCUACAUGUAACUGUGGAGUGGCGAUCAGGAAUAACCAGGCUCUUUUUGUCGCCAACUUUUGCGAUGAAAAAAUUGGAUGGCGUAUCUCUCAAACACGAUCAAACAGAUACGUAGAAAAAUCUUUCUGUGAUGACACACACAUGAUCAUAAACAAGAAUGGGAAUAGCUAUACGAUUAUUCUUCCAACAGGAACCCAAAUUUCGUUCAGUCAUUAUUACUCCAACAACAACAGAACGUUUAUUUCCUCCAUUUCAAUCAAGCCAGUCUCUAGCUGAUCGGGAAACUUCCUCCGGGUUGUGUGGAUACUUGGAUGGCAACACGAGGACAACGACUUCAGAACUAGAGAUGGAACCACGACACAAAACAGUACAGUCUUUGC